AUGGAGAUGUACCAAGGAUCAUCAACGCAGCAGCCAGCUGCUAUCUGUGCGCUCAAGUCGCCCGUCGAUGCGAUUCAUAUUCUCGAAGCUGUAAGAUUGGGUAUAGUCCCUCGAGUAACGAGACGACUCACAGGACACGAGAGAGCGAUGAUCAGACCAGGUACAGUCUGGGUAUGGGAAGAAGAGGAAACCAAUAUGCGUCGAUGGACUGAUGGAAGGAGAUGGGGUGCUUCGAGAGUAGGAGGUGGCGGUUUCCUCGUCUAUACUGAAUCUUCUGAAUCCCUGUCUCCACCACCUUCCCGAUCUGAUUCUCCAUAUGGCCAACACAACGGAUACUAUCCCGGACCAUCUUCAUCUCGUCGUCAGGAAAGUCUAAUCAAGCAGACAUACUCCACCUCGAUGACCCAUCCCGUAACAGGCAAAUUAAAGAAGUUUCAUGUCGUAGCAUAUUCAAGUAAACACAAUCCUCAAGGCGAUGUUCACAACCCUCUUCCUCUACCUCACCAACUUCCCGCAUUGGCCUCUCUGAGGGUCACUCCAGGUAUAUGGCCAGAGUGGGAACAUCGAAGAGAACAAGAAUUUGGUGCGACCGGUAGAAGACCACCAUCUGCAUCUUCCUCUUCAUCCAAUUUCAUUCCUCCUUCUCAAUCUGCUCCUGUCACUGCAGUCUCUUCACCCAACGGACCACCUUAUUCCGUUGUGGUUCCUCCUACUGCCUAUCCUUCAUCUGGUCAAAGACCACCGUCACCAAGGAACGACGGAGGCGGAGGGAUAUUCAGUCGACCAUUCCCUCCUCCACCUAUAUACCCUCGCAACGGAUAUGACGAUCGAAGUUCACCUGCCUUACCUCCUCUACCUCCUCAGGGAAACAUUCGAGGUCCCUCUGCACCAUAUCAACAGGCUUUACCACCCCGACGAGAGCAGUACGAUAAUUCGGGAUACCCAGGUAGACACAUGUCUGUACCUUCAAUGUACCCCAAUCAGCCUCCUCCAGGAUCAGAGAGGUUCCAUCCAUACGGUAUGCAAGCUCGUAAUACCAAUCGAGUGACUUCUUAUCCUCCUGCGGAUGAUACGAGUCCAGCUACCGGUUCGCCUUCCCAAGGACAAUAUCCAUUCGCAUAUUCCCGACCGGACAGUAGAGGUUACGAAACGAAACCCAAUCCAGAGAGAUUAUCGCCCGAAACCAAAUUCAGAGUUGGACUAGGAGGAAGUGAUGGAAAUACGGAUCCCAGAAGGUAUCCUUCGAAUCAAAAUGAUAGUUCCAAUUCACCUAACGUCAAUGGAGGACACUCAAGACAAGUUUCGAAUGCUUCCAAUUCCAAUUCUAGGGGUGUCGAAUCGUCGUCUACCCAUUCUUCACCUAAUCAAUCGCUCAGAUUACAACCUCCUCAACCUUCCAAUGGACAUGGUCAUGGGUCAAGUGAUCUAGGGUUGGCUGCUGCCUCAGGUAGAUCACCAAAAAUGUCCAUAUCGUCUACUCUGUUGAAUAACUCUGGUAACACUGGGAAUAGCAACAGUGGAGGACCAGGAUUGACAUUACCUCCUUUGAGAACUACUUUGGAUACUCCGAAUGGGAAUGUUUUACCUAGUCCUAAUGGAAAUGGUGGUGGGGUUAGUCCGAGAAUACCUAGUGGAGGAAGCACAAGUAAUAGUCCAAAUAAUGAAUUGAAGAAGGAUUGGACGGCGACAACGACGAAAGGUGCUAAUGAAGAUGCGAGACAGUUGGGUGAAUUGGGUAGAAGAGUGAUUUUAUAG